CGAUCGUCAUCUGAUCUCUCUCGCCGGGAAUUUUAAUAACGCUGCUCUAUCUACCGGCGAAAUGUCGUUGAGCAAUUACACUGCCGUAAUCGCCUUGAUCGUUUUCGCCGUCGUGUCUGCCGGCGCUCAAUCCCUAGCUCCUGCUCCAUCUCCCACAAGCGACGGAACAUCGAUCGAUCAAGGAAUAGCGUAUUUGCUAAUGGUGGUGGCGUUGGUGCUGACAAAUUAUCAAAGCCUCUUCUUCACAUCGUCGCAAUUUUCUGUUGUAUCCGAGCAAGUGGUUGCCGUCGCGUUUACAUUGUCGUGUUCUGUUGUGGGUCAUUGGGUCGGGUUUUUUUCCGCCGUCGCAACACUUCCUUCUCCGCCGCCGCAACACUUCCUUCGAUAUGCUGUGUUGUGUCUCAACUCAUCUUUUCUCGUCGUGAUUUAUUGUCGCCGUGACUUUCAUGUCGCCCGUGACUUUCAUGCCUCUUUUAUGCGCUCUGAAACUAGCACGAUAAGCUUGAGAGCAAUAAUGAUUAAUUUCGAAAUUUUUGCAUAUUUGGUCACUAAACUUAUUGUUAUUUAUUUUGUAAUCCCAAUACUUUUUAAAUGCGAAAAUUGAUCUUUAAUU